AGUAGUGCCAAACCAAUUAUUUGUACAUUAAUAUUGCGUUUGUAAUAUUAAUUUAUUUUACUUAAAUAGGAAAAACUAAAUGAAAAUCUCUCUCGUAAAAUAUUGUGGAAUAAUUGGGGAACAUUUAAAAGAUACUACAAAAUAAACUAAAUAUCUAUUUGGCGAACAGAAAGUGAUUACCACUUGCUCUUGCUGCUGAUAAUCGACAGUUAUUGUUCAAUAAAUUUCUUUAAAUAUUUUACAUGUUUUUUAUACAUAAUUUGUGUCUUUUGUUUUGCUCACAAUUUAUCAUAAGUUUCAUAAUUUCUUGUUUUUCUUCCACAACAGAUGUCGCAAUAACAAAAUCCGAUACCGAGCAGCGAAAAAACGAUGAUAAAGCACGAAGAAUGGACGAGCGAGCCAGGCACGAAAGCACGAAAGUCAGAAAAUAUUUGGUUCUCACUUUUGUAUUGAAUUUAGUGCUGAGUACUUGUUCGCAUGACGGUUACGCGUAAAUUUUUUCGAAAGUCUUUGAAAUUUGUGCCGAUAAAUGCUGUAAAAAAUUAAAAUAAAAUUCCAAUUGUACAGAAAGUGCAAGUAAAAAUAAAAUGUUUUCAAAAAUAAUUUGCACCGAAAAUUUGCAUGGCAAAUCGCUAUUAGAUAUCUAUUGUAAUCAAAUUGGUGAAUGAGUGAAUUUAUAUGAAUGCGAAUGGGAAGUGAAAUAGUGGAAAGAGAAGAAAAAUAUUAAUAAGAAGAAGCAUAUUGUAGCAACAAAUAUAAGGUGUGAGAUUACGAAGAGAAGAAAUUUAGAUUCAUUUGCGAAAGUGAAUGAAAUUAUAUUUGAGUUAAUUGAACAUGUCAAAAGUGUAAAAAUUAAUUAUAAAUUAGUGCAGCGUUAAAAUACCAAUGUCUAAUACAUAUAAUAGUUGAUAACAGAAGUUUUUGUAAUUAUGUCGAUGAAAAAAUUUACAUACGUAAGAAAAUACAACAUGCUAUCAGAAAAUGAAAAGCACAUAUUGAGGUCAUACGUAGCAAAGUGGUGUUGAAAUCAAAGCGGGCGCUAAAGGGGAAAGUAUUAUCGUGUGUUUGUGUGUAUGUACCUCUACAAUAGCAACAGUGUAUGUAUCGCUUGUUGACCAGCAAACGGAAAAAAAUAAAAAACAUAAACAGCUGCUGCGCUGGACUUUGGGGCAAAACACUUCCAAAAGCCCGUAGGGCGCACACCGCUUACUGUUGGAUCGUCCUUAUGCAAGCAUAAUUAAGUACGCAAAACUAUCACCUGUGCUGCAGUGGACAGAUAGUGUACCAAAAUAUUAAUUAUUCGUUUCGUACAGUUAUAUGAUAACCGGCAUACAUAAAUAAUAAUGAUUUCUCGUUAAAAAUACAUAGAAAUUAUGAAAGUGAAAUUUUAAUGCCUACAAAGUGUCAAAUAUUGAAAGUUAAAAUUUCUUAUCGGCAUUACCGCGUGUAGUGAAAUCACGAUGUAGCAGCUAAAACAGCAAUAAACACGGUCCUUAUUCUAAAACCUCAAUGGGUACAAGCAAAAUUUGUUUUGAAAGCCAUGAAUAAAUGAAAUUAAAUAAAUUACUAAGCGUUUGUGCUAUUGGUAUAACGGUGAUUUGUGUAUACAAUUAUAGCAGAAAAAUAGUGUAAAUGAAAACGCGAAAAAUAUUCAUUCCAAGAUACAGCAAUAGACAACAAAACAAUUGAAAUUGAGGUGCAUUGGUGCGCUUAUGAGUGAAUGCAGCUCUAAAGUCAAAAGCGUAAAAGUGUGAAAAUUCAAAUAGCAUAGCAGUAGCCGUUUUCCGCUAGUGUGUGAGCAAUAGCAGUAGCAGCCACCACAGCCGCAAAAUUUUUAAGGUGUGUGUGCUCCACUCACCUACUUUUGCGUGUGUUGCUGCUUUUGUCCAUAAUAGUAGUAGUCGUAGUUGUACCUCCCACAGUACCCAACAUUGAAUUGCUGCUAUCAACCCACUAGCUAACAGCAACUUUGUUGUCGCGUGUUUCGUGGCUCUCCGCUUUGCCAAUCGUCACAUUCAUGUGUUCGGCUCUCGCGUUACGUAUCGUUAAGUCUCACUACUAUCGGUAUAUCGUCUUCUUCUUCGGUAGCAAAGUAAACCAACAGAAAAAAAUAUUUAAUUAAAUCAAAUAAAGUGAAGCUAAAUAAAUCGUUUUGCAAGUCAACAUCGUUUUUCAUUGUUAAUAAUAAAUAAAUAAAUUGUCUGAGCAAUUAACACGGGCACUGAGUUGCUUGAAAUUAAUUAUAAGCGGUGCAAAUUCAUUGAAAUAUUCAAAUUAAAAAUUAAAAAAAAACUGCGAGAAAUAUUGUCGUCUUUUAAUGCUCUACAAUCCCAAAUUUUUUAUUGAUCGCCGUUGACUAAGAUGUAUAUGCGCGUAUUGUUGCGUGUUAGUGCAUUCAUUUUGUAAAAUCGUGUAAAUCUCCCUGCCCAUUGCUUGCGUUGUAGCUGCAUCAACACGCAGCAGCAGUUCAUUUGCAAUGCCAUUGUUGUCGGAAUAUGAAGCGUUUGACUGAAUCAAAAGUCUACAAUUAUUGCAUAAACAGACAACAUUGUGUGUAGUUCUCAUUGAAGUGUAAUUUGUGCAUUUAGAAUGGCUGCCGCUAGUGCUGGCCAACAAUUGCACCAGCAGCAGCAACAACAACAGCAACAGCUGAAUCAUUCACAUCAUCAGCAACAACAACAACAGCAAGAUAUAAAUGGAAUUGGAUUGCGCCAACCAAUUCAGCAAUCAAUGAAGCAACAACAACAGCAGCAGCAGCAACAGCACUCUUUGCAAUUGCAAGAACAAGCGGUGCUGCAGCUGCCACAGCAACAACAAAUGCAACAGCAACAGCAUAUACAAUUGCAAUUGCAACACUUAAAUAAUGGACAACAGCGAAUGCUGCAGCAUCAACAACAACAACUGCAAUUACAGCAGCAUGCACAUCAGCAGCAGCAACAGCAAUUGCGUGCUGCGAAAUUCACCACACGUGUCGUUUCCAAUUCGCCACUGUCCACGCAGCAACACGUGCAGGAACAACAACAACAACAAUUGCAGCAGCAACAAGAGCAACAACAGCAGCACCAACAACAUUUACAGCUGCAGCGGCAGCAGCUACAACAAAAUCAGCAACACACGCUGUCGAGUGGUUUUGUAAAUGGCUGUGGCACUAUAUUUGCUUCAAGUAAUAGUGCAACACACAGCCAACCAAUGAAUAUAUAUCAGCAAACACAACAAAAUAAAGUAGCAAUGCAGCAGCAACAGCAACCGCCAACACGAUUGCAACAACACCAAACACAACAGCACUCACUAAAAGUGAAUAAUAAUGUUGUGGCAGCGCCCCCUACAAUUGCCUCACGCCAAAAUAUUACCACAACCAAUACCCCUACCACCCAUAAUGUGAGUGUUGGUGCUGCAUCUGCUACCACUACGGCGACAACCACAAACUCCACCGUAGGACAGCCGAGUGUUGCCAGCGCUAACAAUGCUAAUUUGGCACCGGGUUGGCGUAGACAAGCUAAUAAUGAUGAAAUCAUCUAUAUAAGCCCAACCGGUGCAACGUUUCGUACACAGUACGAAAUAAAGGAUUAUUUAUUGUCACCGGGUACCUGCAAGUGUGGUCUACCAUGUCCAUUGCGGCCGGAGUAUUUCUUCGAUUUCAAUGCUCAGGUUCCUAAUAUGCCACUGAAAAUGCCAACGCACGACGAAAAUGGCUGUAUCACCACUAACUCCACAAACACGAAUGCCAUCACACCCGCCUCAACGACGAAUACAUUUUGUUCCACGCCAACAUCUGUUGCUACACGCUCUGCGUUAACGUCGUCCCUCUCGCCGUUUUCCUCCUCAUCCUCGUCCUCGCAGUCCUCACAGUCGUCGUCGUCGUCGUCGACGUCUGCAUCGUCAGCGUUGGGGUCGUUGUCAUCAUCCUUGGCAUGUUUGCAUCAGCGACGUUUUCUGGAAUCGCAGCAAUUACAUGCACAACCGAUGGAUGUGUCCUCAACGCAAACAAAAGACAUUAAAAGUGGCAAGUUGGCUAACAAUGGCAGCAUAGCGUCGGCUUCAAUGUCCACAGCUACUAAUAUUAGCGUAAGUGCAACAAUAGCAGUCAACACGAAUGUACAACAACAAGCUAGUCAAAACCCUAAUAAAAUGAUGCCGCCUGCACAGGUGCAUUAUCAGCAGCACCAACAACAACAGCAACAGCAAAAUGUGAUAAAGAAUGUGACAAACAAUGGAGACAUCAAAAUAAAACAGCAACAACAUUUGCCCAACUCACUUAAAACAGACAACAAAAUGUGGCCCAAAGAUGCUGAACGUGUGCCACCAUUGCCGCAAGCUGCUACUACAACAACAAAUGCGAUAACCACAAUUGCUGGCGAAGAAAACAAUGUGGCAACGCCCACUUGGACGACCGCCAGCGGCGGCAGUGGCAUGAGCCAUCAACAAAACACAACGCGCUACAUAAAGCGCUCACUCGCUUCGCCGGUGAAGAAACAGCAGCCGAAUUUUAAAGAUGAUCCCACAGGAUACCUGCAGCAACAGACAGCGCUGCUGCACAGCUCAAUGAUGAAUGUUGCUAUAGACGAAGACGACGACGAAGACGAGGAAGAGGAAGACGACGAGCUCGAAGCCGAUGCAUGUGCUCAGGAUGACACAGAAAUGGCGGAUAAUGGGGGUGAUGCCGAUGACACUGAUGGCUAUGAAAGCGUGUCUGAGGAAGAUAAGCAGAUUAAGCUGAGGCAUAUGGCAAGUGGCAACAACAACAUUGCUUGCGGUAAUGUCAAUACAACAAUGCAACAAAAUAUGCGGCAUAUGCCGCAGGAAACGACAGGCACUUCAAUUUGUGAUAAGAAACCACAAGGCACUUAUGCCAAGAAAGUUUAUGUGCAAAAUGGUGUGGCACACUAUCAGGCACAGAUACAAGAGCAGCAGCAGGAGACCAUGUUUUACCGACCACAACAGCAGCAAUCGCAACAACAGCAGCUGCAGCAACGUAAAAGUCAACAAAUUGGCACUCAUCCACAGCAAAUCAUUGUAACCGCUAAUCAAGUGCAUGUGCCACAGCAACAGCAGCAGGCUCAACUGCAACAGCAACAGCAAAACCAGCAACUAAAGCCAAUGAAUCUGGUUUCCAUCAACGGUCAGCUGAUAGUGCCAACCUCAAUGGCUGCUGAUGGUGGUGCAAAUUUCACGCUCACUUUGAAGCCUCAACAACACCCACAACAACAGAUGCAGUUACAACAGCAGCAGCAACAACCACAACAAAUACAACUCAUGCAACAACAAAACAUGGUAUAUAGGCAACAACAAACGCAACCACAGCAACAUUCGCAGAAGCUGAAUCUUGUGCCAACCGCGCAAGAAUCGCCGGUCUCCUCAAGCACCGCCUUUGCGCGCUCCAUACCCGAGUCACAGCGUCAUACGCCAAGACCAGAACAGGUCGGUGCAAUAUCAACAAGCAAUGAGAGCCCAUUGCCAUGUCCAUCUCCAGCUGAUUCUGUCGAGUCGGGCAGCUCACGCGCCUCUUCCUCCAAAAUGACUGCAUCGCCAUCGCCAAUGCAACAGCAGCAACAACACACGUCGCAAGCCAACUCCAAUCAGGUAGUACAGAUGCGUGUACAACAACAGCCGCCACAACAGCAACACACACAGCAGAUACGCAUUAUACGCCAGGCACCGCAACAACAGCAUCAGCAACAACAACCACAACGCAUAGCGCUUGCGCGCAAUACUCUCACAUCCAUAGCCGCUAGCCGCGCCAUUACAACAACAACCGCCACUACAACUACAGCCGCAGCAACAACACACACAAUAAGCGCUAGCCAGCAGCAUUUAGACACGCUUGCUCCGCCCCCACAACCGCAAAAGUUGCAAGCCACAGUACAGAAGCCCAACAACACAAUUCCACUACAGCUACCCACAAGUCAAAUCAUCAUGACCUCCACUGGACAGUUAAUUGUUAUGCCGACUAAUGGCAAACCCACUGCACAAUUGCAGCAGCAGCAAGCGCAAGGCCAGCAGCAACUGCUGAUCACCACAGCUGCCAAUAGCAACGGCACAGGCAGUGGUGCUGGGCAAACGACAACCGGCAACGUUAUCAUCCAACAUCAGCACCACCCACAGAACCAACUGGAAGUGCUGGGCGGUCACCAACAGCUGACCACCGCAAAUGGCAGCAUCAUACUACAAAAUGGACAGCAGCAUCAACAUCAAGGUGGCUACAUUGUAGGUCAAGCGUCCACAGCGGGUGCCACAACCACUACUACACAAUUGCAGCCUGCUACAGUUAUUUUAAAUUCAGCUGGUCAGAAUAUACUAACUACAAGCAAUGGGACUAAAGUGGCGUUGGCGACAACUGCCAAUACCGGCAAUAUUAUUCAUGCUGGCGGUCAGCAACUAAUUUCCGGCAAUCAACUGUUAACCACCACACAGAACGCCGCUACGGCUACAACAGGCCUGUUGCACGGGCAGCAAGCGGUCGUCUUGAAUACGCUACCUAACGGUGGCUAUGUUAUCCAACAGCAGCAGCAGCCUGCUGCUCAGCAGCAAUUCGCCACGCUGGAUGGUCAAGUGGUUAGUCAGAUUGUUCAACAAGCCGAUGGAACUACAGCCUACGUACAACAAACCCAGCAGAGCCCACAGACGCAGCAGCAAGCGCAGGCUCAACGCAUUAUUAUCACAUCGCCGGAUGUGAAGAGACGUGCGAAGAAACGUAAGAGUUCCACUGGCAGUGUCUCACCUACCAGCACGCCCAUCACGAGCCUUUCGCCACAAAUUUCACCAACUAUACCAAACCAAACGGCGAUUAUACAGCAACAAGCCGCUGCCGCUGCAGCCGUUGCCGUACAGCAGUCGCAACCACCACCUCCGCCACAACCGCAAGUUGUACAAAUCGCUUCCGCUGCGCCACAGUAUCAGCAACAAUUUCAACUUAACCCUGGUAUACAGGGCAUUGUAGUCAAUAAGUCAGCUACCGCUACAUCGACACAACCACAACAAAUUAUCUUACAGAAUGGUCAAAUCAUACAACCAAUGAAUCUCAUUGGGCAGCAAUUAAUUGUGCCCACCGGUCUGGUGAUGGCACCCGACACCACAUUGCUGCAAAUACAGAAUGUGGGCGCUUGCGGGCCGAGCAUACUCACCACCACACCGCAAGGCACAACAAUGAUGUUGCGCACACCCUCACCCCAAAAUAAACAAUUCAUUUCGCCCACGGCCACCGGACAACAAUUCAUUGUAGGCAGCAAUGGGCAAUUGAGUCCGAUCGGACAAAUUUAUUCAACACCAAUGGGUUUGGUUAUGCCAACGGCACAACAACAGGCCGGUACAGCCACGUACAUGCAGCAGAAUGCGACCAUACAAGUGCAGCAACAUCCACAAGCACAACAGCAUCAGCAACAACAGUCACAGCCGCAGGUGCAAGUGCAGCAGCACGUGUCAGCACAACAGCAGCAACAACACCAUCAUCACGUAGCUAUUCAACCGGCCACCGCUGCAAUGCACCAACAGCAACAACAUCACUCAAAUCAGCAACAACAUAUAACCAUGCUGAGCUCUGAGCACAUCGUUAUGGAAUCAGCCACGUCGUCUUCGUCAGCAACCACGUCAUCGUUGACUUCGUCAAGUCGCAGUGGUCAGCGUUCGGUGGUAGCUAGUCCACCGGACACCACCACCCAUAGCCCUCGCAGCCCAGAGCGCCCACCCAGUCAUCGCAGUGGUGGCAGUGAUAUGGUACAAUGUGUAUCCAGCUCAGAACCGGAUGGUUCCGCCUCGCCACAGAGUGCUGACAGUCGGCAGUCUCCAUCGACUACGGACGCUGAGAAAGGACUUGUUAUGUCAAGCGCAUAUCAAACCACAAGCAUAUACAAGCCGUCAGAAGCGAAGAUACGACGCGUACAAACACCGCCGCAGAAUGUGGGCGCAAGUGGCGGUAUUAUUAAUGCCGGCGGUGGAACCGCAGCCGGUGGCAUUGGCUUUACCAUCACCUCAGCCCCGACAUCUACAGCUUUGGCCACUACACUUCAGCUACAGCAACAACAACGUCAACAGCAACAUCAGCAGAUGCAACAACAUCAUUCUCUUCACCAGGAUUUUGUAAUUAAGCCCGAUUCGCACGAGUCGCCAAGAAAUUCGCCAACAACUACAACCAAAACAAUAACCACACCACCACCAACACUAGCCACACUUACAACCAACAACCCAAGAAACCGUAAAUCGCAACAAAAAUCGCCAAACAAACUGUUACGGGCUCGUGCCACCCGCGCCACUCGCAACACCGCCACCAAUAUCACAGAAUUGACUGCUGACACCACCGUAGUGCCAGCAACAACACGCGUCACAGCAACGGCAGUGGCAACAACAACCACAGCGACACAAACAUUUGCAAUUGGUGAAUUGAUUUGGGGUCCAUCGCGCGGUUAUCCCGCCUGGCCAGGUAAAGUGGUGAAUGUGGAAACCGAUGAGCAAUCACAAACCGCUAAUGGUGAGCUAGCAGUUUGGGUGCAGUGGUUCAGUGGUGGUGGUCGUAUCAUAACCGAACUAAUAGCGAUAACUUCGUUACACAGUCUCUCUGAUGGUCUGGAGGCGCAUCAUAAAGCGCAAAAGGAUACCAGAAAGAGCCGAAAAUUGAAUUCACAACUCGAGCGUGCCAUUCAAGAGGCAAUGACUGAAUUGGAUCGUAUUUCAGCUACUUCGACAACAACAACAUUUGUGAACGCAACAGUCACCAGUAAGCAAUUGCAGCAGGCAACAGCCUCAUCGACCACAAGCACAACGCUCAACAAUAAUUCGAACAGUCCAAAUCGCAAUAAGCGCCACAGCAACACCAUGCAGCGUCUACACAACAACAACUGUAACAAUACUACUGGCAGCACUGCCGCCACCGCCUGCGGUGGUUAUGCAACUGUGCCAACAUCUGGUGGACCCACACACGCUAUAUCCACCACCACCAGCACGCAGAACAGCUUCAGCGCACCACCAACAACAGCUACAGCGCCACGCAGCAAACCAAUACGCAUAGCCCCGGCACCGGCACCAGCCAGCGGUUCACCAAACAAGACCACAACCGGUACUACAGUGGCGCUCAACCACGCACAGACGCAGUCGGCACAACAAGCCACCACACAACAGCUUUCGGCGCUGGGCAAAUGACACGGGGAGUCGUGCGCACAAGUCUCGUGGUCCAUGCAAACCUACACGCUUGUCAUACACAACAAAUAGCUGAUGGGCGCCGUUAAAGAUGCGGAGCAAUGAGUGAUAAAUGGUGGAGAGACACGUUGAGUUAAGCAAGAUGCCCAGCGACGUCAGUUAAGGAGCUGCCUCCGAAAGCGUUUGCAUAGCGUGUGGACGAAGGUGCGGCGAGAGCGGCAGCUGACUAGCGAUGUAUGAUGAGGUAGUAACGGAAUUGAGCAACGCAUGUCAUAUGUAGCGUUUACGCAUAAAUGUGUAUACAAAUAAUCAUAAAUAACAUGAAAUAAAAUAUGAUAAACAUAUUUACAUACAUAUAUAUAUGUAUUUUAUAAAAAUUCAAUAUGUAUGGUAUUUGAGUAUAUGUAUGUGUUAAUGCGUAUAAAAUUAUUUAUGUAUGGUAAUGCAUUUAUAUAUCCAUACAUAUAUAUUUAUAUAUAUGGUAUAUGCAGAAUUAUUCAAACAGUUUUAUAUGCAUACAUCCAAACGUAAAUAAAUAAACAAGUGAAAUGUUUAAAGUUCUGAAUUUGAAUUUUUCCAUUGUAACAACAGCUUCGAAAUACUUCAAUAUAUUGAAAUAUCAUAUUAUAAUACUUUUAUGAUAAGAGAUAAUAUGAAUAUUAUGAAAAUACGCUUUUGUGAAUUUGUAAAGAUUUAGUUGUUGCAACAAAUUUCGUUAAAAUUUCUUAUAGUUGUAUAUAGUUUAGGAGCAACCGUAAAUAAGUAUGUUUCUUUGAGAACAUAAAAAACACAAAUAUUUAAGCAUAUUUAAACAAUAAAAUCAAUUUGUAAUAGUAUUUUAUGAAUUUUAAUUGUACAAAUUGAAAGCAGAGGUAUGUGAAGUACUUUGUUCGUUAGUUAUUGACUUUACUGUGUAAGCAUGUAAAAUGUAAGAUUAAAGGUAAAAAUUACUUGUAAUAUAUUAUUAAAAACAGAAACCUUUUUCCCUGACGUUUUCUAUUUAGGCGUUAAAAACGUGCUAAUGCUUGAAGCAUAUUGGAAAAAAACAAAAAUAAAAUCUGGCAACACUUUUUUUUUGCUUUCUAUAAAUAUUAAAAAAGGAAAGAAAAUAAUUUUUCAAUAAUGCUACAAUAGAAUUUCAGUUAAUGCUAAUGACAAUAAACAAAUGAGGAAAUAAAUUAUUAUUUUAAUAUAAAUAAGCACCAUACAUAUGUAGCUACAGAAAUAUAUAUUUAUUUAUGUAUGAAAACCGUUUUGUUACAGGAAAUUAGUCAUACAUUUUAAAUAAAUAAUUAUGAUACACACAGAAAUACGUAAAAAAGCUAUGAAAAAGUGAGUAACAACUAUGCUGAAUUGUUUAGAUAAGUCUUGUUUAAAAAAGUUAACAUUUUAUUUUAUGCAGAUCUUGUUUGUUUCUAAAUACAUUGUUUUUGUUGCAAUUUUUUUUAUUUAGUUUUACAAAAAAUAAGAUAAAAUAUUUAGCACUAAGCCAUUGAAGAAGCUUAGACCAGUAAAAACAUAGUUGUAGAUAAAAAAACUUAAGGUAUGCAGUAACAAUAAAUAAUUUAAACAAAAAAGAAUAAUAAAAUUAUAAAAAUUGAAGCGAAAAAUACAAAUUUAAAAAUAAAUGUAUUUAAGACGCUAAUAAUCAAAAUCAAAGAUUAAUCAAAAUCUAUAGUACACAAUUAACAAAUAUUUGGGGUUUUAUACGCCUAUUUACAAACAUUCGUGAGAUAUAAAUGCUAAGAUAUAAUUUUUAAAGUAAAAAUAAAAAUUUUAAUUAAAAUCGUUAGAAAAAUACUGGUAUAAAGAAUAACUUAAGCAAAGUAUAAAUUUUUUUUUUACAUUUAUGUGCACAACUUUAAUUAAAUUUUUUAAACAAAAAAUAUGCUUGUUUAUUGAAAAAGCUAUUCAAAUGUUUUACCAUUUUUUCGUAAACAUCAUGUAAUAUAAUUAUUCUCGAAUCGCAAAUGUUUUGUGCAUACUUUUAUUUGUUUUUAUUAUUUAUUUAUUUUAUUUAUUAAUAAUAUCAAUAUUUGAUCUAAUUUUCUUUAAAAUGCAUAUAUCUCCAAAAAUAGAACGCAAAUAAAUAAAUCGACUAUGUAAUUUACAAAAAGUCAACAAUUAUUCCACUGUAUACAUUUGUGUAUUAAUUUUUGUUGUUUUUAGAAAGAAUCUACUAAAAAUUUAAUUUUCCGAAAAUUCAAUUAUGCAUAUAUAUUGUAUUUAUAAAAACAAUCAAAUAUUAAGUAUAUAUGUACAUUACUAGUUUAUAAUAAAUUUGUUGUUAUUUUUUUAGUUUAGCUUUUUAGAUGUUCAUCUAUACGAAAAAAUAACUACAGUAAACUCAGUAACAAUUAUGGCAAAAAAAUUUAAUGUGUCAUUACUAAAUCAAAGCAGGCAAAAACAAAUAAAACAAAAUAGUUACAAUAAAGCAAUUGAGACACAAAAAAAACAUACAUAAUUAACUUGUAUUAGUGUGUAUGCAAGCAAAACAGAACAAAGAAACAGAAUAAUGUAUAGAUUAUCAAAGAACAUUAAAUAAAUUAUUAAUCUCAAAAUAAAUGCAAUUAACCAAAAAAAUAUAUGUUUUUCCUAAAGUAAGUGACGCUUGAACAAUUCAAAUUGGCAGAACGACUUCAAACAAGAGAAUAUAAAUGGACAUAUGGCAUGAUAAAAUGCGAAAGAUUAUGCAAAAAAAAAAUAUAUAUGUAUAUUACUUUUUUAAUAAUUUUAUAAUUUCAAUUGUUACAAAAUUAAUAAUUAAUGUAUGUGCAUACUUAUGUACAUCAAUAUGGAGUUCAUUUGCAUACUCUGGUAUGUACACAUUGAGGAAUAAAAUUUUUCAUAUUAUCAAUAAAUACAUGUGCGCGCACUGUUCUAUAUGUACAUACAUACAUACAGUAGGGAGCACAAAUGAGUACAUGCUUUAGAUUCGUAUAUUUAAUCCUACAUAAUGGUAGAAGCAGAGAAAGUUAAUAAAUAGAGAAGGCGCAAAUGUUAGCUGUGCUAAAAUGUUAACUAUUAAAAGGAUACAUCGAAAAUGCGCAAAUUCAAAAGUUCAAUUACACCACGUCAAAAAAGUACCUAAACCUCAUGAUAAUCGAAUUCAACAAACUACACCACUCUAAGCAGGAACCAAGUAAAUGUUCACCACCUUAUAAAGCAACGGCUAAUAUUAUAUGUGUAUGCGCAGAUGUUCUUUGGCAUGUGUGUUAAGGAAAAAAGUUCAUUCAUAUGAAAUCUUUAACUACUAUAUAUUCUAAGCAUACUGCAUAUAGUACUUUUAUAUGUGGCUAAAUGAGCCUACGUCGUCCCGAAAACAUACACGCCAACACUCCUAACACAAUCUACACAUCAACUAACACAAUCUACAUCACACAUCAGCAACAUUCACCACAUCACCUCUCGCAACAUUCACCAUACACCUCACACAACGACACUACCACCCAGGCGAUCACCCCACCAACCAUCAACAAAACCAAAACACGGGUAGCGGCUGGCCUCUUUUGCGUAUCAAAAUUCGAAGUGGACAUCUCGUCACCGUGCUGAUUCCCGUAGAAGUAUCGAACCUGAACCGGACAAUCAAUCCAUUUUUCCAUUUUUUCUUUUUUUAAUGCGCUGCGUCGCAAGUGACAUUGUAUCAAGUGGGUGUUAGAUAUAUUAAAAUUCAGUUUACUCGAUUACUGCGAAAAAUA